UGUCACGUAACGUUAGCUCUUUCUCCCUCGGUUUCUCCACUACGUAAGGCUGACUUGGAGGGAAGUGAACGUCGCUAAGAAAAGAAAAAAAUAGGAGAAGAGAGCUGAAACAACUACCCCCAAAAGCUGCCGCAGGAGCAGUGAAGUGUCUUCAUGGCAAUUCGUCGAGGACACAUUAAGUACUUGAAAACCGACCUGCAGGAGGUGUAUGACAUGUCGAACGGUUAUGAAGACCACAUGGGAGGGGACGAGGGGAAGGACGCCAAGACCAACCUGAUAGUGAACUACCUGCCUCAGAGCAUGUCGCAGGAUGAGCUGCGGAGCCUCUUCAGCAGCAUCGGGGAGGUGGAGUCUGCCAAGCUGAUUCGAGACAAAGUCGCAGGCCACAGUUUAGGGUACGGAUUUGUUAACUAUCUUAACCCUAGUGAUGCAGACAGAGCUAUCAGUACACUGAAUGGACUAAGGCUACAGUCCAAAACUAUCAAGGUUUCAUACGCACGACCCAGCUCUGACACAAUAAAGGAUGCCAACCUGUAUAUCAGCGGCCUGCCAAAGGCCAUGACCCAGAAGGAUGUUGAGGACAUGUUUUCACGUUUUGGCCGCAUCAUUAACUCCCGUGUACUUGUUGACCAGGCCACAGGUACGACAGGCUCAUCCCGCGGGGUGGCUUUUAUCAGGUUUGACAAGCGGGCAGAGGCAGAGGAUGCCGUCAAAAACCUGAAUGGCCAAAAACCACCUGGAUCCUCUGAGCCAAUCACAGUGAAAUUUGCUGCCAACCCAAACCAGGUCAAGAACACGCAGAUCAUCUCUCAGCUCUACCACAACCAGUCCCGACGCUUUGGAGGGCCCGUACACCACCAGGCACAGAGGUUUAGGUUCUCCCCCAUGGGCGUUGACCACAUGAGCAGCAUGGGAAGCGCCAGUGUUCCUGGGAACGCCACCUCCGGCUGGUGCAUCUUCAUCUACAACCUGGGCCAGGACGCCGACGAGAGCAUCCUUUGGCAGAUGUUCGGUCCCUUUGGCGCCGUCACCAACGUCAAGGUGAUCCGUGACUUCAACACCAACAAGUGUAAGGGCUUCGGCUUCGUUACCAUGACAAACUACGAGGAGGCGGCCAUGGCCAUCGCCAGCCUGAACGGCUACCGGCUCGGAGACAAGAUACUGCAAGUGUCCUUUAAGACCAGCAAGGGCCACAAGUAGAGCGCUUGCGACAAUCGGGUGUAGAGGAGAAAUGGAAAUGACCUGUGCCGAGCUUUUACAGCAGCGAGCAGAAGUAUCAGUUUUAUAAGUCUGGCACAUCUGUUUGGUUUUAGUGUAUUCAGAGUUAAACUCUUCUGCACCUUUGUACUUGUCUAAAGAGUGUCUAGGCAGAUUUUUUUUUUUUCUUCAUCUUUAUACUCAUGCUUGGAGCUUGAGGACACUCAGUAGUUUUAAUUUUUAGUGAGGGGAUGGAGAGGGCAAAAUCCCAUCAUACCACCAAGAUAACUUUUUUGAAAAUUAUCUAAAAAAACUAAAAUUCUGUCCGUAUGUGUUGCAUGUAUAUGUGGGGACUAGAUAAAGGAGACACGCAAACGGUUCUGAGCCGUGCACUAAAAAAUACGGAGCAUAAGGAAAGCCCUGCAAAUUGUUCUCCAACUGUUUGUGUGUUUGUGGAUGAUUUAGUCUAAAGAGGGCGAGGAACAGUCUUUUGCUCGUUGCCAGUGGUUGUUUUCGUUUUGGAAAAGCUGUGCUCUGUUCUGGAUCCUCGUCAUAAGUAGAAAUAGAUGCCUUAAAUUAUCAUCCAGUGGACACAGACCUACAAUACCACUCACUGUCUCAAGUCAAUCUAAGAGCAAAGCACUUUUAACCAAUCUGCUUUAGGUUACUAUGAAUAUCAGUCUUUUCCAUGUUAAUCUAUGACUUUUGCUCAGCCUCCUACCAGGUUAACAAGUUUAAACAUGACGAGCUCUGGAGGGAAAUGUUUAUGUUUAGAUAUCCCUGUGUAUAGUGUCUUUUUGUUAUAAGUUGUAAUUCAGGAAAAGUCAUGUAGAAUAUGAACCCCAGUCAAUGAGUAGGGAAUUAGAUGGACCAAAGACAGGGAGAGAUUUGAUCCUAUUACCACACAAGAAUUCUCUGAGCAGAUUUAAGGUAAAUGUAUACCUAUUUUUUAUUUUGAAGAGGUACUAAGGUUAUAUCUGACGCUGACUGAGAGUAACAUCACUUUGGCUCAGUGUGCCGUUCGGUUUCUUUUUUUUUUCUUUUAUUUGUAUUUUUGUUAGGAACAUUUUUUUUCUUUUUCUCUAAAGGCAUAUAUUUCCAUUUGUUACCAUGUAAGUUACAAACUUGUUUUGAUGAGUGCUUAUCUCAAUUGCUCAAGUUUGGAAAGAAAUGAAUGGCCUUUAUUCAUGAUUUCAGUUUAGAUUUGCUUUCUUUUGUUUGUUUCACAUUGAGCAUAAACCAUUAAAUUUUAUUUCUUUUUGCUGAAAGUUUUGUUUGGUUUGUUUCUUUUUUAUUUACAUUUUUUUUAGAUUUGGCAUUUUCUUCUAUUUGUUCUAUUAUUUUCUAUUAGCAAAUCUGCAGUGUUAAUGAAAGGUCCCCGGUCAAGCAAACAGGCAGUUACAGAAAGUGUUUCCACUGGAGGCUUCUAAACGUCUGAGACAGGUUAACAUUUUUUUUAAAAGAAACAAUAUACGGACCAAUGUUAGUUGUUAGAGAAAAUAUUAUUUAACCUGUACACAGACAAUUGAAGGAAAUGUAUUGUCCUGAAGACAUUUCAUGAAGCAACUUUUCUAAGUUUGCCAGAUAGACCGUUUGAACCAUUCAAGAGCAACAUAAUUAGCAUGUUAUAGCUGUAGAUUGGCACUUUGAUACGGUUGUCUUUUAAGCAGUUUUGAGUAGAAUCAAAGGCUUCUUUAUUGACAUCAGGCUCAGCAAAUCUGCGUUCUGAUACCUUGCUGUUUAGGGAGGGCGAUUUUAUAUUUACAACACAAAAUAAGUAUACAUUGUUCACUUGAAGAUUUUGUCUUUUAGAUCCAAACACAUUGCUUUGUCUAGUGGGGAUUACUUUUAACUAGUGAGGCUUUGUUUACUUAUGUCACCCAUUUAGAAACCAUCGUUCAUGUCAUAGCUCAUCUUUUAAUAGUGAUGAAUUUGGUAGAUUGUCUUGUUCUCCAAGGUGGGACCACUGAGAGUAACAUUAUAAAAUCAUUUUUGGCAACAGUACCUGCUCACACUUUUUAGGAUUCGCUUUUAAAAAACCUUUUUCCCCCCCAGUAAUAACUACCUUUCGCUUCAUUAAAUGCCUCUUUAAUCUGUGCCCCUUCGGAAAAGAAUAUUCGCAUAAGCUUCAGAUUUUGUCAAAGUGCUUUUUGAUUUAGUAUUUUCAUGUUAUUUUUGUGUCACAAUUCUUAACUUAUCCUUAACUUUGUGCAAUAUUUUGUGACUUGCUUGCUCAAAGCAGGUAAUACAAAGUUGUAGUCUUGGACUGUCAUCUUUUUUUUAUGAUUUCCUUUUUCUACUGACGUUUUAGGUUACUGCUCAGUUUUUUUUCAGCAGUCUAGUUAGAAUUGCAUGAAUGAUGCAAGUGAAUUUGUUUUCGGGCAGUCAGAAUAAGCUGCAUUCAGCCUUAAUUUAUAAGUGGGAAUGGUGUAUUUUACAUCAGAAGAGGCGCAGGUAAUUUAUUUAACGAUGUAUGUGGUCAUACUUGUUACUUAUUGGAGUGUUUUUAAUGGAUCAUUUUCAAAAACAUUUUUGUUUUUCUUGGUUUUGAAGGACACUAAGUUGAAGUCCAGUAAAUGUCUUCUAACAUUGGAUAAUUUCAAUAAAAACAUGGUGGCUUUUCAGAGUUGAAAA